CGCAGUAGGGGGCGGUUCGCCAUGCGGGCUCUCCCGGCCGGGCGGUAAGAUGUAGAGGGCAGCGGGGUGAACCGAUGCUGAAGCUGCAAGGGACGCUGCUGUGGGGCAAAGGGAGCCUCCGUGUUGGGAUGAGAUGCUACUCGACCAGGGUGAAAGAAGAAAGCAGGAAACUAUGGUUACAUGAGCAGGUGGAGCUGUUGGAAGUGUUGGAAGCUAGAGUGAAGCAACUCCGGGCUGAUAAUGAAUCGGACAUCCUAAAGCCCAAGAUCCAAGUAUGCCAGAUCAAGAAAUUCAAUUACUUUCCGGGUGCCCAGGUGCAGAAGACCUCGGCACCCCAAACGGCUCAGGGCAAGCCCAUCCCAACCCGGACCAUCCAACCAAAUGCUUGGAAGGCCAAAGUGAAGAUGGAAAAACAAGCCAGUAAAAUGAAGCGUUGGGACUUGAGUAGCAGAAUGUUAGAAACGAUUAUCUCCUCUAACACUCUGGUGGAAAAAGCAGUUAAGUGCUCCCCGAAAUCUGUCAGCAAAACUACAGCGGAUGGCUCCGAGGCACAGUCGGACUCCAAAAUCGUCUUGACAGGGAUCCAGGUCUGGGACAGAAAUCAGCCUCCUGUUUCCUCGGCUGUCCAGGCUGUGCCGAUGCUUAACGGGAGGGUGCUUCCAGAAAUGAAAGUCUUCCAGGACGAUAUUCGGAUGACCAUUUUAGCCUACAUGGACACUUCCCUGUACAAAGGCCAGAAGAGGAAAGCCUUAAAGUGUUUGUUAUAUUUCCACAAUACCCGGGGGCUGAAGAAGUUUCUAACUACACAGAUGUUCAGUCUCCUCAUGUGUCAUUAUGCCAAGCAGGGUGCGCUUAAGAAAAUUGGCUGGCUGUUUUCCAUGCUGGAGGAAAAUAACCUGAAGCCGAAUCAGGAUUGUUAUAUGGCUGUGCUAAAUUGCAUGGGUCGAAACCAAACCCAGCCCCAUAUCACUUUAAGAUGUACGGUUUUCAGCAUGCCAGCCCUUGGGGAAUGCGUCAGCAUUUUAGCGAAGGAUCUGGGUACCAGAAUCUACAAUAAAUACACCAUUCAGAGAAAAAGUUUAACCAUUUCAGCAGAAAAUUUUGAGAAGACCUAUGAUAGCUACGUCAAACUUUUGGCCAAGGAUAAUCAGGUGAAUGGUUUUUUGCCACGGGAAUAUUGGGAGAAGCUGAGGGCAGAGGUGGGUUAUAGUCCUUCCUUGAUAUCCAAGCAAGCCCUCUGGCCCCCAAGCCUGUUGGUUCAGCUGGGUUUUCAGCUGAUAGAACUGAUGGUCCAAACUCUGAAGCUGGACAACAGCCUGCUGCCUUCGCUCCCUAAGAACUCCGUCAUUCCUGUCCUGUAUCACGUCUAUUCUUUCCGCGGAACCAAGCAGAUCGGUUUCAUAAAACCUCACUCCAUCCUGAUCCGGAUUCUUCAGGAGGCUUUGGAGACGACGCUCACCUUCGACUCCUUCAUCCUCCCCAUGCAGUGCCCGCCCGUGCCCUGGGUCUCUUCCCACUUCGGGGCCUACACUCUUUCCCCCGUCAAGCUGAUGCGAUGCCAAGACGGGGUGGUCCAGCACGAGCUGCUUUUGGACGAGUGCCCUCACGACCACCUCUGCUUGGCCCUGGAUGCGCUGAACUUUCUGGGCAACUGCCCUUGGAAAGUCAACCAGCCCGUGUUGGACGUGAUCAUCUCCAUCUUCAACGAUAAGGGCGAUGAGAAGUUGGACAUCCCUCCGCCGCCAUCUUGGGAGGCCAAAGAGCUCGCCAAGCAGCUGGCCGAGAGUGCGCCCAUGUCCCGGAUGGCUCUGAAAUGGAAGAUGGCCCAGUGCCGUAAGAAGAACCGGGAGACCUACAGCCUGCGGAUGGACAUGCUCUAUAAGCUGUCCAUCGCCAAGCACAUAAAAGAUGAGGUUUUCUGGUUCCCCCACAACCUGGAUUUCCGUGGGAGAACCUACCCGUGCCCCCCUCACUUCAACCACCUGGGGGGCGACUUCACCCGGGGGAUUCUCCUCUUUGCGGAGGGGAAGCCGCUCGGACCCAAAGGCCUGGAUUGGCUGAAGAUCCACCUGGUCAACCUGACAGGGCUGAGGAAGAGGAACUCUCUGAAGGAGAGGUUGGCCUACGCCAAUCAGAUCAUGCCCGACAUCUUGGAUUCGGCAGACCAUCCGUUAACGAUUUCCUCUCCUCAGGAUGGUUCAUGCAAUGGGCUUCAGCACUACGCUGCGCUUGGGCGCGACGUGCUUGGUGCCUACUCCGUCAAUCUCGCCCCGUCUGAAGUUCCUCAGGACGUCUACACUUCAGUGGCUCACCAGGUGGAGAUAGCUCGGAAGGAAGAUGCAGCAAAUGGAAUCAAAAUUGCUCGGGUCCUGGAUGGCUAUGUAACUCGGAAGGUGGUGAAGCAGACUGUAAUGACGGUUGUGUAUGGAGUCACCCAAUAUGGGGGGCGCCUCCAGAUAGAAAAACAGCUCAAGGAGAUUGAAGACUUCCCAAAGGAGGAUGUUUGGCAGGCUUCAAAGUAUCUCGUCCAGCGAGUCUUUCAAAGCCUUACCAAAAUGUUUUCCGGGUCUCGGGAAAUUCAGAACUGGCUGACCGAAAGCGCCUGGCUGAUUUCCAAGACGGGCCAGACGGUGGAGUGGGUGACCCCGCUAGGGCUGCCCAUCAUUCAGCCUUACCAUAACAAGAAAUCCAUGUCGAUAAAAGGUGACUUGCAGAGCCUCCGCUUAAAAUCCAACUACAAUGUGGACCAGAAGCCAAACGUAAGAAAGCAGAAAAAUGCCUUCCCACCCAACUUCAUCCAUUCUCUGGAUUCCAGCCACAUGAUGUUGACGGCUCUGCAUUGUCAAAAGUUCUACUGGGACUUCACAAUGUUGCUUUUCAUGGUGGGCAACCUGAUCAUCAUUCCUGUCGGCAUCACCUUCUUCAAAGAGGAGACCACGGCGCCCUGGAUCGUCUUCAACGUGGUGUCGGACACCUUCUUCCUGAUGGACCUGGUGAUGAACUUCCGGACAGGCAUCGUCAUUGAGGACAACACGGAGAUCAUCCUGGAUCCCGAGCGGAUCAAGAAGAAGUACCUGAAGACCUGGUUUGUGGUGGACUUUGUCUCCUCUAUUCCGGUGGAUUAUAUCUUCCUCAUUGUGGAGAAGGGCAUGGAUUCCGAGAUGUACAAGACUGCUCGCGCCUUGCGCAUCGUCCGCUUCACCAAAAUUUUGAGUCUCCUGCGGCUUCUACGCCUCUCCCGUCUAAUCCGGUACAUUCACCAAUGGGAAGAGACUGUUGAAGCAUCCACGUGGUCAUGUGUCAUGGCCCUGUUGGUGCCUGAAUCCACAGAGGAGGAAGAGCUGGGGCUGACGGAGGUCGAGGGGUUGGCCUCGUUGGCUUUGGAGGAACGUGGGAAGGAGCAGGAGGAGGGACCCCUCAGGCAUGGGACAGAACGGAAGAAUGAGGGCAGGACAACCGAGAGAAAGGGGAAGAGAGGGCAGGCGGUGGAGAUGAGGAGCAACGGAGCUCAGGCGACAAACAAGGACCACCCCCUCCUGAUCCCUGAGCACGGAGAGUGGAGAGGAGACAGGAACAGCACAGGCCGACCCGACAACUCAGGAGGAGAGCGCCCCGCCCCUCUUCACAAGGCACACCUGUGCACUGAGACUUUAAGGAGACGCUGUGGGGAAAGGCAUUGA